GUGCAACUCUCGCGUGAUCGAAGAGCAAUGGAUUGUGAAAGACAUGAAUGCGAUGAUAGGAGAAACGAAAUUCACAGCGAAACUUGAUAGAAGAGCAAAUGAGCAAGAGAUUGCCUGCGUUCUAGAAAAGCUCCAAUCGUGCUACUGCCUCGCCCACGACAAGCUGUUAGCGGAUCAAGCUCACUAUGAAGAAAUUGAAGAGCAUCUUGAAAAGAAUCCUGAUCUCUCCGAGAGCAAACGGAAGCAUCUUGUUCAGCUAAGCUCCAUUAUAGGUCAUCUGCUGCGUGUUGGUCUUCUGAGAAACGAUUCUUCUACUUGUACUAUAGAACUGGGCGCAGGUAAAGCGCAACUGACUUAUUGGUUGACGAAAAGAGCUCCUCUAUCAAAGUUUCUUCUGAUUGACAGAAGCGGUGCAAGGAAUAAAUUUGAUAAUAAGGCUCUCCAGGAGAAUCCUUCGUUAAAUAUCAAGCGGUUGCGAUGUUCUAUAGAACACUUAAAUCUCGCUGAAGUGGAAAUGCUCAAGCAUUUCUGUGGCAGUGCAACUGACGCUGGUAUUCGAUGUCUUUCGAAUGGCAUUCGUAGUGGAGUUCUUCUUGAUGGCUUCGUCCUAGUACCAUGUUGUCACCACAAAUCCCGAUACAGCGAGUAUUCCGGUCGAGAGUUCCUUGCUCAGUGGAAUAUGGACAGCGAGAGUGACUUUGCUGCUCUACGCCAUAUUGCAACAUGGGCUUAUAGGUCGCCAAUGUGGAAAGAGGAAAUGGGACGACGAGCGAAAGUGGUGCUUGAGAUGGGACGAGCUCGUCAUCUCGCUAGCCUUGGGUUUACCACACAGGUCAUAGAAUAUGUGCCGAGAUCUGUAUCACCAGAAAACUUGCUUAUACUCGGAUUUAAGCUCUGA